ACGGAGCGUGUAGGGACCAGCAAUGAAGGCCAAACCCGAGCUUAGCCGCACAGACGACGCCGCGGUCGUACCUCAGAACCCCAACCGUCCUGAGUGCUGCGUCAGGCGGCUCCGCAAAGAAAUUUCCAACAGGAGACAUGGCAGCUUUAAAAUAAAGAUUCUGAGUCCUGCACUCCGUGCAUCCUGUGACUGUUCCAGCCCUGUGCUGGAAACAUGGCCGCCUCGCCCGGGAAGCCGCCUUCUAGACCGGUUCCUGCCCUGUCUGCGUUCCUCUCUGCAGUUGAGAAUUUACAGCGGCCUCUUGGUUGCCGGCGCCGGGCUCUCGGUGGGGACUCACCCGGAAGUUGCCGCUACCGCUGGUGGCGCGGCCGCUUUGCCAUGGCGACGGCCGCUCGGCAACGCUUCUGCCGCUGUGCCUGCUUCUGCUCUCAGAACCUGUACGUGGCGCGCUACGGGCUGCACCUGCGCUUCCGGGACGAGCAGCAGUUGCGCCGUGACUAUGGCCCGCUCCUGCGCAGCCGAGGCUGCGUCAGUUCCAAGGACUUCCAGCAACUCUUGGAGGAGCUUGAGCAGGAGGUGGGGCGCCGGCGCAGGCUGGGGCAGGAAUCAGCUGCCAGAAAAGCCCUCAUUGCCAGCACCUACCACCCAGCGAGGCUUGAUGUCUACUGCUCACUGCAGGACGCGGUUCUGGCCCCUGAGUUUGUGGCUGCAGCUGAAUACAGUGCAUCCCCCGGUGCAGGCCUUGAGGGCCUUCUCCAGCAGCUGGAGAUAGUGUCAGAGGAGAAGCGCAUCUACAGGGUGCCUGUGUUCUCUGCGGAGUUCUGCCAGGCCCUGCUGGAGGAGCUGGAGCAUUUCGAGCAGUCGGACAUGCCCAAGGGAAGGCCCAACACCAUGAACAACUAUGGGGUACUGAUGCAUGAGCUAGGCCUCGAUGAGCCACUGGUGACACCACUGCGGGAGCGCUUCCUGCAGCCACUGCUGGCCUUGCUGUACCCGGAGUGUGGUGGGGGCCAGCUUGAUAGCCACCGGGCCUUUGUGGUCAAGUAUGCGCUGGGCCAGGACCUGGAGCUGGGCUGCCACUACGAUAAUGCCGAGCUCACCCUCAAUGUGGCUCUGGGCAAGGCCUUCACAGGGGGUGCCCUAUACUUUGGGGGCCUCUUCCAGGCACCUGCAGCCCUGAUGGAACCCCUAGAAGUGGAUCAUGUGGUGGGCCAGGGUAUCCUGCACCGCGGUGGCCAGCUGCACGGGGCUCGGCCCCUGGGCACCGGAGAGCGUUGGAACCUUGUCAUCUGGCUCCGGGCAUCUGCUGUUCGAAACCGCCUCUGUCCUAUGUGCUGCCAGAAGCCAGAGCUGGUGGACGAUGAGGGCUUCGGCGAUGGCUUCACCCGGGAGGAGUCUGCCGUGGUAGAUGUAUGUGCACUUACUUGAGCCUGGUCCCCCAGGGGCGGUGGUGCCAUGGCAGCAGGAAACUGCCAGCUUGGGUGGGGAGGGCAGAAAUAAACUCUAUAGCCAUGACCCUCCUUGGGCCAAAGGGACAUGCUGACUCCCCGGUCACUCUUUGGACAGAUGAGCUGUCUUGGGGCAGAACUGCUGGAAGACAAGUCGAGUUUGAGAUGAAAUAUUGAGGGUCGAGGGUGGAGCAGGUUCAGGAAGAGAAGGAGCCCCAAAGAAUGUGAUUCCCAGUUAUGUCCAGCCUCAGCCUGAUCCCUGGGGAGCUCUGCUUGGGGUGGGGGACUCAGUCAGUGACUCCUUGGGUAGGGUGGCUCCCAGGGACUUAAGUGGGGUUCAUUGGUCUGUCAGCAGUGCUGGCGAGUGGGAAGCCAGACUUUCUGGGUUCAAGCCUCUGUUCUGGCACGUCCCGCUGGGCAGCUCAGAAUUUGUUUGCAGCCUGGGUGUUGUGACGAGCUGACAUUUAUAAAGCACUUUACAACAGCC